CAACGUUGUACAAAACGGGAAGGGCCACGCUUGCGUCUCAGCCAAUAGAAUAAAUUUUGUGAUUCCUUUACUAUGACAAUUUUAUCAAAUUAGUGAAACUAGUUUUCCAGAGUGUAAAAAAAUGCAAAAAUAAUUAUUAUAAAUAGAUGUAAUUCGCUACGAACAGUUGUUUCUACUACACUCAAAGUUUUGUCAAUUUUUUUCAAUUCGAAUUGUGCAAUUUGCUAAACGUUUUAUAAAUCGUCUCCAACAAAAAAAUUUUCGUUUCGAAAACGGCGAAGGAAGAAGAAUAAGAAUAACACACGAAGCGCUGAAUAUUAUAAAAUCAAUGUGGAUGCAGUUUUGGCCUUGAGUUUGACCCGUUCUUAAAUAGUAAAAUCGUAUUAUUUUAAUAGUAAAAACAUAAACGAUCAUUCGUUUUACGGAAUAUCAUGUCUAAAUCGGAAGUGCUCCAUGGUCAAUAUAUAAGCUAUACAUCGAUUGUGUUAUUAAACUUGAAAUACGAUUAAAGGGAAAAUGGGAAUGGGCCAGAAGAAAACGUAUACCACAUCAUAAACCUACAAUAUACCUACAAUAUACAAAAAGCGUAUAUCUACAUAUUAUAUACAUAAAACGGAAUCCAUUAAUCAUAUCGUACGAGUUAUAUAUCCUGUGUGUAAUCCUCUCAAUAUCAAAACUUCCAUAAUAUCAAUAAAACUAAUCGAAAAUUAAAAGCAAACGAAAAUUCUAUUAUUCAAUAAUAACUAAACCAACAAACAAAAAUUCUACUAAAAAUUUGUGCGUACAAUUUUCGACUAAAUAUUUUCAUUGUCAUUUCGGUUAUUACAUAGAUAGCCAACCCCAAAAUACUCAAAACAAUAAAAUAAUUAAAUGUAAUGCAAUUUCUGGUGAUAAUAACUAUUGCAAAAAUGAUAACAUUAAUUAGAAUCUUUGAUUGUUACUAGCGUGUGGCCGUGAGCGUGUAAAUAUUCAUUAUAUAUAUGUGUGUGUCCGUUCCGUACGUUAAUUAAAUUAAAAUUAAAAAAUAAAUAAAAUUAAAUUAAAAUCUAAAUAAAAUUAGUGAUUGUGUUGAGGAGCUACGUAGUUAAAUAUAAAUUUUAGUGGGAAUUAUAUAUUUUUAGUAAAAAUAUUUAAGCCAACCACAUUUAGUUCAAGUUUUAAGUUUAAGAAGUAUAGAAAAGAAAAGAAAAUUUCAUUCAAAAUGAGCCGAAACGUUGCCGUUGUAUCCAUUUUAUUUGUCAUUUUUCUGACAACUACAACCCUAGUGAUUGGUGAUCAAGAGGAAGACAUACCACAUAAUGAAGUACGAAAUUGGGCACUAAAAUUCGGUGUUGAUUUAUGGGCGUUUGGGAAGCAAUUUACAAAACUGAACGACAUUAAGAAUAAAUAUAAAGAUUUAGAAGGCGAAGUUACACGAAAAGAUGGCAUAUUGCUAUUACGUGAGCUGGCUACAGAAGUGAAAAACUUUAUGGAAUUUAAAAUGAAUGCAGUUAUGAGAAUCAUGGAUUCCGCCGAACAAGCAGCACUAUCGGAAGAGUCAAGCCAAAGUCAAUCAUCGCAAACACGAUUCUAUGAUGCACAUAGAUUCACAGAUUAUGCAUCCGAUGCCAAACAUGACAAAGAUCUGUUGCUCAAGCCGAUGAGGCGAUUCGAUAAAUUAUCUGUUAAUCUUAGUUUAAGUUCCAUAUUAGUGCCUUCUGGUGUUGAUGACACUAAAGACCCAGAUUAUCAGUCUCAAAUCGCUUGGUCGUCUCAUUUAGAUCCGUUGUUUUCUAAUAAUUUAGAACGCGAUUCUGCACUAUCCUGGCAGUAUUAUGGAUCGAGCCGUGGAUUCAUGCGACGAUUUCCCAGCAUUCAUGAACCGUUAAACAAUGAAAAAUCAACUCAUGAUUUUCGUACCGAAGAUUGGUUCAUACAGGCCGCAUCAUCACCGAAAGAUAUUAUGAUUUUACUCGAUUCGUCUGGAUCCAUGUCUGGAUCAAGCUUCGAAAUAGCCAUAGCUACAAUUGAAGCCAUACUGGACACGUUAAGUGAUAAUGAUUACGUUAAUCUGAUUGUUUUUUCUGACGUCACACGAUCAGCUGUGCCAUGUUUCAAGGAUAAAAUGGUUCGGGCUACUUCCGAUAAUAUCAAAGAAAUUCUGGCUGCUAUGAAAGCAGUAAAAUGUGAGAAUGUGGCAAACUUUACGGCCGGGUUCGAGUAUGCAUUCGAACUAUUACAUCGGUACAACCAGUCCGGUCUCGGAAGCCAAUGUAACCAAGCAAUAAUGUUGAUAACCGACGGACUCUCUGAAACGCACAAUGAAGUUAUUAAGCACUACAAUUGGCCACACAUGCCUGUUAGAAUUUUUACAUAUCUUAUAAAUGGUGACUCUAGCAGCCGAGAAAACAUGCACAGCAUAGCCUGCACAAACAAAGGUUAUUAUGUACAAAUAAACUCUGAAGAGGAAGCCCGCAGACGUGUUAUCGAAUAUGCUUUGGUAAUGGCCAGACCGAUGGUCUUAUACCAAGCCGAUCAUCCAAUCCACUGGAGUCAUGUCUUUGUCGGUGGCUUGUCGCGACCAAAUUUCGGCAAACAUGGAAAUGCUCAACGCUUAUUUACCACCGUAUCAACGCCCGUUUAUGAUCGACGCAAUACAUCUGUCCGAGUUGCUAAUCUAUUGGGCGUUGUUGGAACUGAUGUACCCAUUGAGGACAUCAAGAAAAUGGUUCCGCAAUACAAACUUGGAGUUAACGGGUACUCAUUUAUCGUAGAUAAUAAUGGUAGAGUUUUGUAUCAUCCUGAUCUUCGUACAGACAACGAUGAAUCCAAUUAUUUGGAGUCGUUGAAGCCUAAAUAUAAGUCUACCGAUUUAACUGAGGUUGAGUUACCAGAAACUGAGCCGAAGAAGAAUAACAAUAACAUAAGUGAUAAGGAGGAUGAGAACACGAACUAUUUGUUGGAUAUGAGGCAAGAAAUGGUCAUGCAAAAAGAAGGUGAAAUGGAGUUUACUGUUCUCACCCACUUGGAUGACAUGAAGAGAGUGUCAAUGCGAACUCAACGAUAUUUUUACGGCCCUAUUGAAGGUACACCGUUUACCUUGGCGCUAGCAUUACCAGACAAAUAUGGAAUGCAUGAACUUAGUUCGCAAGAGGAGAUUCGACAUUCGCAUCAAAAUGUUACCGAAUAUCUAAAAGGCGAGAAUUGGCGCGUGCACCCCGAUUGGGUGUACUGUGAAUACAAUAACUUGCAUGAUUUCGGUAAAGAGCGCGACUCAUCCGCCGAAUUUCCAGCUGAUCAAGAAAACACGACAUUCGAUACGCCCGAAAAGCAAAUUCUGCACUUUUUGGCCAGAGCAGGUAGGCCUCGAUGGAAAUGGAUGAGCGUUCGGCCGAGAUCACCGCAACCCCAUUACGGUGGCUCGUCGUCCGGCCAAAAUCAACAUAUUCUAAAUGCACAGUCACGAAAAUCAGAACCAUAUUACUGUGAUCGUGCACUGCUGCAGACACUAGUUCGUGACGCAAUGGUGACCGACGGCAUGGAUCGGCCGUCUCAUGCCACGAGAAAGGAGGACAAGCACCCAAUCGCCACCUUGAUGGCUCUAUUGCACAGCCAAGGCUAUCAGAUGUUUGGUGUUAAGCUAUCGUUCGUUGCCACACGAUCGGGUCUGCUAAGAUGGGUGGAUCAUUUACCGGUGAACAAAGAUGCAAACGAUACAACAAACUUUGGUGACGAGAAUGCCAAAGCGAUUGACAUGUCUUGGUAUAAACGAGCUGUCGAUCAGGAUCAGAUCGAUUCAGAAAGUUUCGUCUUCAGCGUUCCUUUCGAUUCGGGCUACACAUCCAAAACUAAUGCCACAUUGGUGACAGCAGCCCAUGCUAUUUUUAUUGAACACAAGGGACACAAGGCUCCUGCCGCUGUAGUAGGAUUACAGUUUCAGCAUGAUACCCUUGCUAGACAUUUUAUUAACAUUACAUCGACAUGUACCAGUGGUGCAUGUCCGAAAACAUGUGCUUCCGAUGAGUUAGACUGCUAUAUGCUUGACAAUAAUGGUUUUGUAAUUAUUUCCGAAAAUACAGAACACACGGGACGGUUCUUUGGCAACAUCGAUGGAACAAUAAUGGAUAGUCUCGUUCAGGAUCGAAUUUAUAGACGAGUGGCUUUGAUGGACUACCAGGGUCUUUGCUCCGGUGAAAAUAGUCCAUACAGUAGUGCAAACAGAAUGAAACCCAUACAGGCAAUGUCAUGGCUUCUAAAAUACUUUUUAACGUACACAAUGACUUGGUUGUCGACCAUUCCGACUCCAGUGGCUUCCUGGGCACAUUAUGUAUCCGAAAAUUAUGGAGACAAAGAUCUCGACGAUGUGGAUGAGUCUAAUUAUUCAGAAGAUGAUUACGAUGAAGAGCCUAAUGUUGACAUUGACUUUACGACACAGGAAACGGAGAGCGUAACAAUGAAACCAAAAUCAGUUCAGCCACCACCGACUCCAAGAGUUACUACGAAUCAGCAUAACUCAAGACCUUGUGACCUAAAAACUGAUUUGUAUAUUUUGCAACCAGAAAGACUUAAUUCCAGUACACCCUUGAAGGGAAAACUAACGAAUUGUCAUUCAUCUGGAUGCGAACGUCCAUUCAGCGUUCAGAAAAUACCCCACAGCAACUUGAUACUUUUAGUUGUGGAUACCUUAUGUCCAUGUGGUUCGAAACAAUUGGACAUAACGGCACAUGAGGUUCCCGGCAGUGCUGGUGCGUGCGGUUCUCGACGUAUACGCAAGGAGAUGUUACCGCGACGCAGGCCCGCAAAAUGCAUCAAUUAUCAUCCCGAGGAAAUUGAGAUUCAUCAAUGCGGUCGCUCAACAGUUGUAAUCUAUAACAUGACAAUAAUUUCGCUAUUGUGCAUAUUGACUCGAUUAUGUGCAAUAAUUUAUUAAAACA